CCAAACAAUCAACAGGCAAGAUGAGUCUCACCCCCAAGGACAAGUCCGCAGUCAAGGCCCUCUGGGCUAAAGUGUCUAACAAGGCCGACGACAUCGGCUCUGAUGCUCUGUCCAGGAUGCUGGUGGUGUACCCGCAGACCAAGACUUACUUCUCCCACUGGAAGGACCUGAGCCCCGGCUCUGCCCCGGUGAAGAAGCACGGACAGACCGUGAUGACUGGAGUUGCAGAUGCUGUGACCAAAAUCGACGAUCUGAGUGCGGGUCUUCUGAACCUCAGCGAGCUGCACGCUUUCACUCUGCGUGUGGACCCUGCUAACUUCAAGAUUCUCGCUCACAACAUCCUUGUGGUCCUGGCCAUCAUGUUCCCCAACGACUUCACCCCUGAGGCCCAUGUGGCCAUGGACAAGUUCCUGGCUGCCCUGGCUCGUGCCCUGGCUGAGAAAUACCGAUAAACUGCAACGAGGAGCAGAUGGCGGACAGCUGCAUGGGCUUGGAUAC